AUGCCGACACCAGCCGCCAAAGCCACCGUGGUGGCCGGGAUGAUGGACACUCUCGAAGCGACCGUGGAGAUAGCGCUCGCCACGAAGACAGUCGAAGAGGAGAUGUGGAGAGAAGUACACGUACUUCCAGCCGGGACGCUGUGGACGACAGCCGACGUGAUAGGCGAAGCGCAGAUCGAUCCUCCCGCAGCGACUAUCGCCAACCACACGAGUCUAGCUCCCACGGAUAUCGCGAGCAUCCGAAACGUAGCAGUGAAAGAUCCGAACGCCGCCGUGACGACUACUCCGAUUCACGUCACAGAGAUGCCGGCUAUGGUCGCACGGAUUCCUCCCGCUCCGACCGCCGCAGCCACGACGGGGUACGGUCGUAGCUCCGAUGCACGCAGCAGCAGAGACUUUGACCGAGACUCUGGCUAUGGCCGCACAGAAUCGUCGCGCGGAGGGUCUGAUCGGCGGGAUGACGGGUAUGGCCGCACAGAAUCCUCGCGUGGGUCGGACCGCCGGGACGACGGAUAUGGUCGCAGCAGUCGCCGCGACGACGACAAGCAGCCGUCUUCCAACGGUCGCCGUAGUCGGUCGCGAUCUCGGGAACGACGAGGGUAUUAG